AUGGCCGAAAAUAAAACCCAGGAAAUUCCAAUCAAUAAUAAUCAAAGGAUAACCUGGGAAGGCUGCAGCGUCUUGCUCGACAUCAACGAUGGUGAGCGCAUGGUUUUUGAACGCCUGACCCCCGCAGCAUCGUUGAAAAUUGGAAAUAAGAAGUGCUCUCUUCAACCAUUGAUUGGCUCUCCGUUCGGGUCUCUUUUUGAAUUGGAGAAUGGGGAGAAUGGCCCGUUUUUGUCUCGGGUUUCUACUGUAUCUGAAGGCAAUAAUAAUGAUAGUACCAAAGAGGAAGAGGAGAGUCCUACAGUUCAAGAAUCAAAGGAUAACAGAGAACUGAUUGAUAAUAAUACAUCCCAGUCUCUUACUGGUGAAGAUAUCGAGGAAAUGCGAAGGAAAGGUGCAAAAGGGGCUGAAAUAAUUGAAGCUUUGAUUAGUAACAGUGCAACAUUUGACAAGAAGACAGCAUUUUCUCAAGAGAAAUAUCGUCUUAAGAAGCAGAAGAAAUACUCUCCCAGAGUACUUUUGAGGCGUCCUGUCACUCGAAGCAUAUGCGAGGCAUACUUCAAAAAGCGUCCUGAACAGAUAGGGUUCUUGCGAAUGGACACUUUAGCUCUUCUGCUAUCCUUGGCUAAUGUAACCUCGCAUUCGGAUGUGCUCGUAGUGGAUAUGGUUGGUGGACUUGUGACUGGUGCCAUAGCCGAGAGAUUGGGAGGUAAGGGAUAUGUCUGCAAUGCCUAUCAUGGAAGUACGCCUUAUUCAGUUGAUAUUGUUCGGAUGUUCAAUUUUGGUAAAGAGAUUUGCGAAAGGAUUGUCAGUUGUUCCUUGAAGGAAUUAUGUUCUACCUCCAAUGUUCCCUCAGCAUCCAUCGACCAGCUUGAAGAUGCCUGCAACUCUGCAAGCCAGUCAAAUGAUGAAAAUACUACAUCUUUCACAGAAGCCGGAAUGGUAUCUUUUGAAGGAGGAAACUCAAGGACUAAUCCAGAAACAGUUGAUUCUCAAAUUCCUAAGUUGAAUAAAUGUACAAAAGCUGGUCAGAAGGCUCCGCCAGAAGCUGUUAAUUCGUGGAAGGAAAAUGGCUUUUCCAGCUUAAUAGUUGCUGCUCCACUGAUUGAUGCUUGGAGCACUGUCAAAGAAGUUUUACCUCUUCUGGCAUUUUCAGCUCCUUUUGCAGUUUAUCAUCAAUAUCAGCAACCUCUUGCUCAGUGCAUGCACAAUCUUCAGGUUGAGAAAAUGGCAAUCGGGUUGCAAGUAUCCGAACUUUGGCUACGUGAAUACCAGGUCCUUCCAUCUCGAACCCACCCACAAAUGCAAAUGAGUACGGCGGGUGGUUAUGUGCUGAGCGGCACUAGAAUACACAGCGAUAAGCAGGAUGUAAUGAAGCAGGAUGUAAUGGCCGGUUAA